GAUGAUGAGCUGCAACGGUUGCAGAGUCCUCCGCAAAGGGUGCAGCGAAAGGUGCAUCCUGAGGUCAUGCCUGCAGUGGAUCCAAUCCCCUCAAGCACAAGCCCAUGCAACUCUCUUCCUCGCUAAGUUCUUCGGACGCACCGACCUUAUGUCUUUCAUUUCCUCCGUUCCCUUUAACAAGAGAACCGCGCUGUUUCAGUCUCUACUGUUUGAAGCGUGCGGACGAACAGUUAAUCCCGUCAACGGUGCUGUUGGACUUCUAUGGAGCGGUAACUGGCACGUGUGCCAGGCUGCCGUCGACACCGUGCUCUCCGGAGGCGUUAUCCGGCCGUUACCGGAGUUUGCGGCCCCGAUCUUCGGCGAAUCGGAUCAAGAGUGUUGCUACAACAGCACAAGUUCAAAGAGAGGCAGCGAUGAUAUCAUUAGCGACAAUGAGAAAAAGCUUUUGAAUCUUUUCGUGUGAUUAAUUAAUUA